AUGCUCUUUUACCGCCCCGGUAACUCGCGUGCUAGACCACCUCCUGCAGAUGCGCCGGAAUGGGAUCUGGGUGACAAUGACCAGUGGAAGUCUGAGCAUAAGUUCCCUGCUUAUGCCAUCCCCGGCGCAUUCGGGACCAGUUUGAUGGAACAGCUAUCGCUUUACUCUGGAAAUCUGAGUGACGCGCCCCAAGGGCCGUAUUUGACGAUGCAGUAUGAAAACGCAACCGCCAGAGCAUACGGUCUGAUUGCCUUGGAAAAUGAAGGCAGCUCUUUUCCUGGUCUUUGGGUCUUUCUCUUAAUAAUCCUCGCAGCAUUGGUACUCAUCGUCGCCAGCUCCUCCAUUAUCAUGAAGCUAGUUCAAAGGGGCCGCCGUGUGUCCCUCCGAGAAAGAAUCAUUGCAGGGGAAGUGGAUCUGGAAGUGCUCGGAAUUAAGAGAUUGAGAGUACCGCAACACGUUCUAGAUAAAAUGCCUCUCUACACAUACGAUAAAGACGGCCAACCCGCUGCACCCACUCCCACCCAUGCACAAGUCGAAUCCAAACCCACUAGCAGUCCUACCGCUCCGUCUACAUCAGCUGACUCCGAGGAUAUCCCGUCUAGCAGCCCUCAGACCUACGAGCGCCUAAAGUCAAUAUUCUCACAAACAACUUGCCCCAUCUGCUUGGACGACUUCUUGCCAGGGCAAUCUGUUAUCAGGGAGCUUCCGUGUCAGCACUUCUUCCAUCCAGAAUGUAUUGAUGCUUUCCUUCUCCAGAAUAGCAGCUUGUGUCCUGUUUGCAAAAAGACGGUGUUCCCUUCCGGCUACUGCCCCGACUUGGUCACGGAUGCCAUGGUUCGUCAGGAACGCUAUGCCAGAAGAUCCGGACAGCGACGACCAAUGCGAGGGGCGACCAUGAUUAUAGGUGACUCUCCAAUGGCCCCCAGGCAAAGUCGCUUCGAUCGUCUUGCGGGUCGAUUAGGGUUUUCGCGGUCUCCGGUUGGAACUACUCAACAGUCGUACGCCAUGGCACAGACCCCUUCUCCCCCUCCGCCAUCGCCACCUCCCCCACCGACUAAUGGAGCGACUGACUUACCUGGCCGUCGCGAGGAGAUGCGACGAAGAGCUGUAGCAAUGUUGGGUAAUAGGCGUAUGGCUGAGGACGAGGAGAGAGAACGCGAUGCAGCAAGACCAGCAUGUAAGAAAGACUUAGAUUCACGAAGCAACAUUCCGAUUCUCUAG